AAUACAUGUAAAAAAAUUUGGUGUUAUUUUUAACGAGACGAUAUUUUUAACAUUGGUCAUAUUUUCCAAAGACAAUGCUGUUAUUUUUUCUUAUAAAUAGACUUGAGAGACUCUGCAUAAAAUUAUCCAUGUAGGGAAGAUUCGCUGAUCUAACCAGAGUCCAUAAUUCAGAAUCAGCCAAAACCCAUGAAGAUUGUUCAUCUAUUACUGUUUUUCUUUCAAAUCUAUGCUCACAGUAGCCUAACUGAAGUGGAAGGCUUGAAUGCUACCACAGACAUGGAAUCCCUUUUAUGGUUUAAACUCAAAAUUUCAGACCCUCAAAAUGCUCUCUCUGGGUGGACACAAAAUUCUUCUCACUGUACUUGGUAUGGUGUUUCCUGCUUCACAAACAAUGAGAGAGUUCAAUCACUCAACCUCACAGGGCUUGGUCUCUCAGGCUCAAUACCACCUCACCUCACCAACCUCACCUCCCUCCAAAGGCUUGAUAUUUCAAACAACUCCAUUGAUGGAACAAUACCAGUCUCUCUGUCUGAUUGUAAGAACCUCACAGAGAUCCAUUUAGGCUUCAACAAACUCACUGGAACCCUUCCAUCACAACUGGGUCUUCUGCGAAAGCUCGAAAUUCUCGACUUUUCUGUCAAUAAUCUUACUGGUGUGAUCCCUCCAACAUUUGGGAACCUCUCCUCUCUCACUCAUCUUUACCUCUCAAGAAACCAAUUUCAUGGUGAUAUUCCAAGUGAUCUGGGAAGUCGUCUCGUUAAUCUGCUCCAUCUUCAGCUCUCUCAGAAUCACUUCACCGGGGAGAUUCCGUCGUCUGUUUACAAUAUUUCUUCUUUGGAGUUCUUGUCUGUAACAGUGAACAAUCUUUCAGGGAAGUUACCUGAAGACAUAGGCCUUAAACUUCCAAAUCUCAAACAACUCUUGAUGGCAAAAAAUAUGUUUUCAGGAAUGAUACCAAGUUCCAUAUCAAAUGCUUCACAGCUUCAAGUUCUCGACCUCUCCGCAAAUCAGUUUGAAGGACCAAUUCCUGUAUUCAACAACAAUAACAAACUCACUAAGCUUGUUCUUGGUAUGAAUGGUCUCACUUCUGAUACAGCUCUCAAUAUUCAGUUCUUUGAAUCUCUCAGAAAUUCUACUCAGCUUGAACUUCUAAUGAUCUUCUCAAACCAACUUUCCGGAGAGCUUCCAAACUCCAUUGCCAAUCUCUCAAGGAGUCUCCAACAAUUCUGCAUUGCAGACAAUAUGUUCACUGGUGUUUUCCCUCAAGAGAUUGGAGGGUAUCCUGAUCUAAUAUCAUUAUCUGUGGAACAAAAUUCUUUUACAGGAAAGAUACCCGAGUCCAUAGGAGCACUAAAAAAUCUGGAGAAUCUUGCCGUGUUCGAAAACAACUUCUCCGGAGCAAUUCCGGACAUAUUUGGGAACUUUACACAACUUUUUCAACUCUCGAUGGGGCACAACCAGUUCUCCGGUGGAAUUCCGAUGAGUAUCGGAGAAUGCCAUCAACUAAGCACGCUAGUCCUGGAGGCAAACAAACUCAGUGGUAGUAUACCCAAGAAGAUAUUUGGGCUUUCUGGCUUGAGCAACUUGUACAUUGGACAAAACACAUUCCAUGGUCAACUUCCUGCUGAAGUUGGUAACUUGAAGCAUCUGCAAUAUCUUGAUCUUUCUGCUAACCGGUUAUCAGGAAAUCUUACAGCAUCAAUCGGUAGUUGUUCGAGUUUGCAGGGGCUUUACAUGGGAAGAAACAAUUUCAGUGGCUCCAUACCAAGUUCAUUCGGAAAUUUAAAGUCGCUGGAGGAAUUAGACCUUUCAUCAAACAAUCUCUCUGGUUCAAUACCUGAAGAGUUGGAAGACAUUCCUCACUUGUUGAGCUUGAAUCUUUCUUUCAAUCAUUUGGAAGGAGAAGUUCCAAGAGAAGGCGUGUUCACGAACGUUAGCGCUCUAUCUCUCGAAGGUAACAAUGAACUCUGCACUACAAGCAAACAAGAGGUAGCAGAAGAGUUAGGACUCCCUCAGUGUUUGUUGGCAAAGAAAGUUAAAAAACAUCUGCUCCUCAAGAUCUUUGCACCAGUUGCUGGUGCCGCUCUGUUGAUCAGCAUGAUGUGCAUUGUUUGGUCAUUGAUGUCCAGAAAGAAGAAAAACAAUAAGGAUAAAUUCAGUUCCUUGUCUCGGAAGGGAUUGCCACCGAAGAUAUCCUACGCGGAUAUCCAGCUCGCUACGAAGAAUUUUGCAGCAGAAAAUUUGAUUGGGAAGGGAGGAUUUGGGUCUGUUUAUAAAGGUGUAUUCAGCAGCAAAUUAAACAGUGACUCUGCUGUUGACACUAUCCUUGCAGUGAAAGUACUUGACUUGCAACAAAGAAAAGCUGCUAAGAGAUUCAACGCGGAAUGCGAAGCUCUUAGAAAUGUUAGGCACAGAAACCUUGUGAAGGUGGUCACUUCAUGCUCUAGCAUUGAUCAUAGUGGGAAUGAAUUUAAGGCCUUGGUGAUGGAGUUCAUGUCAUUUGGCAACUUGGAUAAGUGGUUGUACCCCGACAACGCUGAAUCCGAGCUCUGUCUAUCUUUGUUGCAGCGACUAAAUAUCGCGAUAGAUGUAGCUUCAGCAAUGGAUUACUUGCACCAUGACUGUGAUCCACCACUUGUCCACUGUGAUCUGAAACCUGCAAAUGUACUUGUUGAUAGCAAUAUGGUUGCUCAUGUUGCAGAUUUCGGAUUGGCUAGGUAUAUUUCCCGAGAUCCAUCCGAAAAUGAGAGUAGUACAGUCGGAUUAAAAGGCUCGAUCGGUUACAUUGCUCCAGAGUAUGGUAUGGGUGGCAAAGCUUCUACUUGUGGUGAUGUCUAUAGUUUCGGAAUCCUACUGCUCGAGAUAUUCAUUGCAAAGAAACCGACAGAUAAAUUGUUCGAGGAAGGUUUGAGCCUAAACAAAUUUGCAUUAGCAGUGGACAAGAACCAAAUCUUGAAUAUCGCUGAUCGUAGGCUGUUCGGGGAUGAAGAAAGUUCAAUGCAGAGCAUAAGCACUAGUUACUCCAGCCAUAGCAAUGGCACCAGCAGCAACAGCAGCAACAACAAACGUGAAGAGUGUUUAGCUUCGGUGAUAAAAGUGGGUAUUUCUUGUGCCUCUCAUUCUGCGAAAGAGCGUUUAACCAUGAGAGUCGUGCUGCAUAAGUUGCAGGAGAUUAGAAGGUCUGUUUUGGAGUUUGACAGAUAAAAGAGUAUGAGAUGUGUUUUCUUACAUCGCUUGUGUUAUCCAAGCGGUGUUAGACACUAAAUCUAGAAAUAGAGUUCCCCGUCGAAAUCAUUUAUUGCAAUUAGUUUAUGCAAUCUUUUCAUUCAUUCUAGAGUUCUAAAAGCAUUUUAGAGAGUUCAUAAAAGAGAAUGAUGCCAUUUUGAUUCA